ACUGACGCAAAAGUUUCUUUUGAUAAUGGGCUUUGAUUGAGUGACAAGCUUUAAGGUGUCAAUGCCAUGACAUUUAAGUGAUCGAGUACUUAGGUUGCGUAAUUUUUGAUAAAACUGAUUAAACAAUAUAAUUCGCAGAAUUGCUUGUUUGGCUUUGCGUACGGGUUUACGAGGUUUUCAUUCGUUAGUUUGGUUUUCUUUCAUCAACUUGCGUUAAUCCAAAUCGGUUCCAGGUAGUCAACCUAGUCAAUUGCAGGUCGAUGUGCUAAACAUAUUAAUAAUGAAAACAUAAUUUCGAAAACAAAUGGUUCGAUAUAUAUCGAUUAAGAAUUUGAGGAUUUUCGCCUGGAAAUGGCGAACAUAAUUUGCAAUUAUUUUUCUGAUAUUGAAGAAAAUCAUUGACAUUUUGCGGAGUAGUCGCCAUUUUCCAUAGGUGGAAGGCUCAGAAGCAUCACUUCUUUUUGUGAAUAAAAGCUGAGUUAUUUCGUAUUGUAAAUGCGAGAUUCUUAGCAGAUCUAUGCGCCGUUAAAUAACGAAAGUUUUUAUAACGUGAGUUAUGUGACGGAAGUGAUUCUAGUGAAAAUUCCUAUUGGAGUGCGUGUGGUAGUAAGAUGUUCGAUUAGCAUUUUCCAAAUUUUCUAAGGCCUAUCUGCUCCGCAGAGGUGUUUCUUGAAAUUGACGUGUGGGUGAUUAUAGGCCUAGCCUGAUUCAGUUUUCAAAAAGGUGCUUAUCACAAAGUACCCAAAAGUAUUAAUAUUUUAGUAAUUGUACUGAAGUGUGUAGCAACCAAAAAUGAGCCGGGCUGAAGCGGGAAGAAUUACUGUUCCCGAUGAAUUGCGGGACAUUCUGCUAGAAUUUACAAUCAGCUAUUUACUUGAGCAGCCCGGAGAUGUAGUAGAGUACGCAGUUGAAUUUUUUACCAAACUGCGCGAAAGUAGAGCAACAGCCAUGGUUAGAUUGGACGAAGAACAGGCGGUGUCACCAGAUGAAUCUGUAUUAUCAAUGGAAGAAGAACCUCCAGUCGGUCGAUUUAAUGUAAGACGAAAAUCAGUAUUUGCUGAAGCAUACAACCCUGAAGAGGAUGAUGAUGAUGUAGAAAAGAUUGUGUAUCCUAAAUCUGAUGUGCAGCGGCAACGCUUGGCAGAAAGUGUGAAGCAUAUCUUCCUUUUCCGUUCUCUAGAGAAGGAGCAAAUGAAUGAGGUUCUGGAUGCAAUGUUUGAAAGGGUUGUAGAACCUGGAGAUUAUAUCAUCAAACAAGGUGAUGAUGGUGAUAAUUUUUAUAUCAUUGAGAGUGGUAUUUUUAAAGCUUAUGUAGCUGAUGGACCAAACCAGAAGCAUAUUCACACGUAUGAGAAUUCAGGAAGUUUUGGAGAACUUGCUCUUUUGUAUAACAUGCCAAGAGCUGCCACGAUAAUAGCUACUACUGCAGGUUCUUUAUGGGCCAUGGACAGAACCACAUUUCGACGUAUAUUACUGAAGAGUGCUUUUAAGAAGAGAAAGAUGUAUGAACAGCUCAUUGAAAAAGUUCCAAUGCUGAAAACUCUGCAGCCCUAUGAACGGAUGAACUUGGCAGAUGCAUUGGUACCACGUAGAUACAGUGAUGGAGAGGUUAUAAUUCAACAAGGAGAUGUUGCUGAUGGAAUGUAUUUUAUUGAAGAAGGAGUAAUUCGAAUCACAAUAGUGGGGGAUAAUGGUCAAGAGGUUGAGAUAAAUCGCUGCACUACUGGUGGAUAUUUUGGAGAAUUAGCACUAGUGACACACAAACCAAGAGCUGCCACUGCUUAUGCAGUGGGAGAUGUUAAGCUGGCAUUUUUAGAUGUGGAAGCAUUUGAACGGCUUUUGGGCCCUUGCAUGGACAUUAUGAAGAGGAACAUUGAUGAUUAUGAAGAUCAGUUGGUCCGAAUUUUUGGAUCCAAGUCAGCCGUUAGUGAUAUUCGAUGAAAAAGUUUCAUCUCUACUCAUAGUCCUUCUAAAUGUACCUAUUUUCAUACUGUGUUGAAUCCCUUAUUAAUUAAUAAUUAUUUAUUUAAAACAGUGGCAUGUUUUGGUCUAAAUUUUAUGAAUAAUGCAUCCAGGAGGAUAGGAAGAAAGCACAAUGUAUUAUUGUCAUUAUAGGUGCCAACAAAUUCGCAAAGACUGGGUAGAUGCUAAAACACAACGCACAUUGGGUUGUGAAUAUCCUAUGAUUUUUUGCAGAUUUUUGUCAAUUUUCUUACUCACUGCCUUAAGCACUCAGUAUUUGUCCUAAUUAAAAAUACUUAUGGAACAAAAUUUUGUGCUUCACCAUGCACUUUGCCUUCAUGAUGUUAUUUUUUACAAAGAGUUGGUUUUGAUUAGUACUGAACAUUUUUAGGCUGGGAGAAAUUACUUGUGGAAAGUUGGUACUACAUAAAUAACAAAUCUCUCAGAGAUUUGUGUGAUUCACAAAAAACUUUAGAUCGUGAAUUGCAGUACAAUCAGAUUAUUGCAUACACACAGUAAAUGCAUUAAUGAAUUGCAUAUAGUAGGUGAGAAGAACAGUUGAUAGGUAAAAGUUUGUGACUGUUGAUUUUCUGUAUUAUCUUUUAAACAUACAUGUUUUAAAGUUUUUGUUGUUGCUGGAAUAGUUUAUUCCAGUCUCAUUUUCUCAUCUGUUUGCACAAUUGGCUCUUGCCCAUUUUGUGUUAAUAUAUUAUACAUUUAUAUACCCGAUGUAGAAGUGUUAACUUACUGAAUCAUUGUAAAUGAGAGGUUGCCUGUACAUACAUUUGUUAUUGUUGUAGAAUAGGUUUUUCUUUCUUUUUUAUUUUAUUUUUUAAAUUUUCUUUGCCAUUUUCGAAUCUCAUUUUUUUCCCCAAAGUAAAUUUUAAGUAAUUCAUUUGUGCCAAUAUUUAACACAUGGUGGUUUGGACAAGCAGAAUGAUCAUGGAAAUGUCUUUAUUGAAGUUUUAUUGUUGAAGGAAAUUCAAAGACCUAGUGUUUUGUACAUGCUUAGUAAUUUUGACAUUUGUGAGAAUGUUGUUUGGAAUCCGUAAGCAGUCUUUUGAUAACCAUGCUUGAUUCGAAUGUAUGAAAUGUGUGAUGAGAUCUGUUAAUGCUGUAUUAAUAUAAGAUUUUGUGAAAUAUUGUGCAAGCUGAACAGAAAGUGGGAAAAUUGUUUUAUUCUUAAUGUGUUUUCAAAAUCAAUAUUGUAAUUGGGAAUGUUAAGUUUGGAAAGUUUAUUUAAAUGACCACCUUGGUUGCAGAGUGCUUUUUUAUAUUUAUAUAGACAUAUUUAUAUAGGCCAAUUGUAUUUAUUUCUCUUGGUUGAAAUAUUUUUGCUUGAUUGCCAUUUGAGUAUGUACAAAAUGUGGAUGUUGGUACCUUCCAUGCCAAGUCCUGAGUGUUUUCUGUACAUUAAUUGCAGGUUAUGUAUCAGUUAAACAUUUCAAUUGGUUUGAAAGUUGACACAUUCCGCCUUAUUUUGUGACUUCAUGUGAUCCUACUUGGUUUAAAUAUGCCUUAGAUUGCAGGAUUAUGUGCUGUUUUUGUUGAACAGAUUUUAGUACAAAGUAGUGAUAUUUAAAUUAGGUGUGGAGGAGAUUGUCCUGAUGAAAUACUGUAGUGCAAUAAUUUGAAUAUUCAGCUUUUGCUAGUCAGCAUGGAAAUGAAAUGGAAAACAUUUAUUGCAGAAAAGAAUACCUCUAUUUUUUUAUUUUCCUUAAUUAUCCCUGCUCCUAUGAAUUUAUGUUGUAUUUGUGGCCACUGCAAGAAUGAACGGUCAACUAAUUUGGCCCUAUACCUGAAAUAUUAAUCUUUUAAGAAUUAAUUCCCAUUAAUAGAAUAAUUAUUGAGAUAUAUUCAAACAUUAUGGAAAAUUCAGUUGAUUUUUUUUUUUUGUAAUGAUUCACAUUUGGACUUCAACUGUAAGCUCAAUGUUGGGAAGAUUCUUUAUUAUAUCAAAUUGAAUGUACUGGCUAGUUGAUGUAGUAAUACAGGGUGUAAAUUAACUUUGUAAACUCUUCGGUUAAUUCGCUGUGGACAGUUCAUCAACAAAAUUAUUAUUUUCUCUACUUUUUUAAGAAAAUGAUUGUUUUCUCUUUUUUUAUUCGUUCUUUAUAUUUAAAUCUAUUUAAGAACAUCUUACAACAUUGUUUCCUUCUAAUGCUCUUCUAGAGUCUUGUGAGGUUUUAAUUCUCUAAUGCAAUAUUUCUGUAUAUUUUUAUUGAGCUGCCCUCACUACAAAUACUUUUGAUGUUAGGGAUAGAAGUUUUUCGGUGCAGAAAUUUAUGGUUUAGUUGUGAAUAGGUAAUAAGGAAUUGCCUUCUCGUGGUGUAUCUCACCAUUUUCAACAUCGUUGGUUUUCCUCAUUGAAAUUAAUACAUGGGGGAGGAGGGGAAAAGAAAUUAACAUGUAACAAUAUCAUCAACCAUAUUUGUUCUGUGAUAUGUCAAUUUUAGUUUCGGAUUUUGUACAGCCAUAUCCCUGUGUAACAUUUGUUCUUUCUUAUAGCAGCUUAUUAGGCCAAUGGUUCAUCACUUAUUAAAAUUUUCUUUUGAUGUGUAUUUGAACU